AUUGUUUUUUACUUUUGAUAUUUUGUUCGCAUAUGACUUGCUCAACUGAAUUUAGAUUGGUUCAUGUUCAUUUCUUUCAACGUGGAGAUAGGGAAAGGCAGUCAAUAUGAUUCUAGAAUUAGUCCCGGUCUUAGGAUUCUUCAGUGUCUUAGUUGAAGUCAGUUUUGGUGCUACAUGUAACCCACCGUGUAAUGGCGUAGGAGAAAUCUGCAGUCUUGUUGAAGGGAAUCCAACGUGCACCUGUGGCAGAAUUUGUACAUUUGACUACCGACCAGUAUGUGGAUAUAACGAGAAGGAGAUGACAAGUAGAACUUUUGGCAAUAAGUGUGCAUUGGAUGCAGCUAUCUGUAAUGGAGAAAAUCUAAAACUGGGUCACGCUGGAGAAUGUUUACUUAAGAUGGACUGUGCCUGGUACUGUAAGGAUUGCAAGCCAGUUUGGACAGAUGUCUCCAAAAAGGCAUACAAAAUGGCCGCCCGUCAGUGUGGGACUUGUUCUAAGGGGGUCAAGUCUUCAGAUUCAACAUAUUCUUGUGAAGCGUGCGCAAAAGAGAAGCAACGAGGCCCUUCAUAUUGCUUUGUUUGUGAAUCACUGGCAAAACAAUCCACGCCUAUAAAAUCAAAAAAGAAUAGAAAGCAAAAUAAGCAAAAUAGGAACAAGAGACCCAAACCUAAUCACCAAGGGUUCCUUUUCAAGAAUUUCUUUGUCAUAGGUGGUAGUAAUUGAUUCAUCCUCUGCUCCUGCUGAUCAAUUGAUAAUAAAAAUUGAGAACGA